GUCGAACCUUUCACCAUGUCUACAACGGUGACACAAGUUGGGGGUGUUCGUGCCCCCUUCAACCCUUUGAUCAACCCGGUACAUUCUAAGCCGGUUCUCGUGGAAGAACACAUCGAGUCCCAGCACCACAUCUUCCUCUCACGUCCUUAUUUCGGCGCGCUUCUAUUCGAAAACACCUCUUCCGACGCCCGCGACCACUGCGCCAACGAGCGCACUUUCCUUUCAUGGCUCCGUCUGUCCAUGUAUCUGGCCGUGGUAUCGUUGGCCAUCAUCAUCUCCUUUCAUUUCCGUGAACAACCCACUGGCCUAGAGAGACGCAUGGCCUUGCCCCUUGGGAUCAUUUUCUGGCUUCUGAGUUUGGCCUGUUUGGCUAAUGGGUUUGCGAAUUACUCGCGUACUGUCAAGAAGUAUGCGCGCAAGGCGGCUCUGGUGCAGAGUGGUUGGAAAACCCAGGUUGUCUUUACGGUCGUUGGGACAGUGAUCUUAGGCAGUUGCAUUUUGUUUUUGUCCACGGAUCCAGCGCAGUAA